AUGCUCUGCCACCACCUCGGAAUUGAAGGCCCGAAAGCGCUCGUCUCCAGCCGCAAAGAUGGCGAUGGCCUCUACCCCGGCGGAGAAGAAGACCAGGACACGACACAGCAGGACGAAGAAGGCUGCGAGGUUUCUCCUCCAGAAUCCCCCUCAGCCGUGCAAGCGCCCAUCGACACCUUCCUCGACAUCUCUAAGAUCCGCAGCCCGCAUUCCAUCGAUUCCCCUCCGAGCGCUCGCGCCAGUCGGUCGGGCACCCGGUCGGACCUGAUCAGCAAAGGCAUCAUCACCGCUACGAUCGCCCAACGGCUCGUCCAACACUACUUUUCGCGACUCGAUCACUAUCUCUACGGCAUCGGAGGGGAAUACCAGGGGUUGGAACAACUGAGGACAAGUGCACCUAUCCUGCUAGCGGCCAUCUGCACCGUCUCCGCCCUGCACGAUCCCCAGGAUCGCACCGUGUACGAAGCCUGCAACCGAGAAUUUCGCUCUCUCGUGGCCAAGUCGACCUUUGAGAAGCGCGACGUCGACUAUAUUCGGGCCCUGUGCAUCAGCUCGUUCUGGCUGGCGGAUGCCUCGCGCAUCUUCUGUAGCGAUGCCAUCCGACGUGCAGCCGACAUGCGCCUUCAUCGCAGCUUUGAUGCCCUGUUUGACGACCGGUCAGCCGGUGCCCCCUCGGCGCCAUCGCCCUCGUCCCAGAACCCGUCCGUCGCUGCAGAUCGAGUCCGGCUGUGGUAUCUCCUUUUUGUGUGUGACCAGCAUCUGUCCAUCCUCCACAACCGAGACUCUCUGCUACGCAGCGAAAAAGCGAUCGCUGUGGGCUGGGAGUCGUAUCUCCACCGGGCAGAAGCCAACGAGGCAGACGUGCGCAUUCUAUCGCAGGUUUCGCUCUUGGUCAUCAUGGGCCAGGUCCGCGACGUGCUGGGAUCGGAUAAUCAGACUCCUUUGCCUGCAGCGCUGGCCAGCCAGAUCCUCAACUACUCGCGCCAGCUGGACAAGUGGUACACCAAAUUCUCCGGCCUCUUCGUGCCAAACGCCUUUCUGGGCGAGUUUCCCAAGCAGGGGCUGCAGCUCCACUACCAGUUUGGUAAGCUUUACCUUGGACAUCAAGUCUUCAAGGGCCUCCAUGGCCGACCAAUUCCCCCUCAGUUCCUGACCGCAGCUACUAUGGCCCACGACACGGCGGUUGCUAUCUUUGAGAUGAUUCUGGGUCAACCGGAGCUUCAGGAAGGCCUCGUUGGUAUGCCGCACUAUUUCCACGUCAUGAUCGCCUUUGCAGGUCAUCUUCUACUCGAGAUCUGCCAGAAUUACUAUGAGCAACUGGGGAUCAAAGUGCAGGAUGAUUUUCAAUUGAUCAACAGUGCCCUGCACUUGUUCCGCAAGACGCAAUGCAUUCCUCAGCAUCCCAUCUGGCGGAUGACUCCUGGCCUGAGCCGCAAACUGCAAGACUGCGCAACCAGUAUCGGAGUCCUCGUUCCAUCGACGACGAUGCCCACCGGAGGGCUCGCUGCACAGUCUGUAAUGCCCGACCAGCAGCAUUCUGUCUUCUACCCACCAGUGCCCUCCGCAGGCACAUCGGCCCAGCCCAUCGACGAGCUUCUAUUUACAGACUUUGGCGAGUUUAACUUUCCGGACCUGACGUCCAACUUUAUGACGUAG